AUGGAUAUAGCAGGCCAGGAUACCGCCUCAAUCUGUGGCUCUUGUAAGGCUGGUAACCGGAAGACAGCCUCCGAAUCUCCGGCGCUUGACUGUUUUGGUGAUGGCGGUCCUCCUCCCCCAGAAGAUGCUUCGCUGGGACAUGAACACCACAUCCAGUGGGAGAAGUCUCCUUUCCGGCCUAUUCUUCCCAUUUCUGUAUCUCUUCCUCAUCAUUUUCCUAAGUCAAAGAGCGAGGGCUCUCGUCCAUCCGACACCAUCGCUGCGCCUACUCCUUCCUGUGCUUCCAGGGCACCGUUUGUGCGUGGACACCGUCGUCGCUCCACCCACGUAACUCGUCGCGACCUUGAGAAAUUCAGAAAGGAGGUCCUGGGUGUUGAGUCCCCUGGGUUUGGGUUUGACGACGACUUUGCGCCCGCCGCAAGCCUCAAUCCUGCCACAGAGCCGCAAUUCGAGGAAUUGAACCAGGCUUUUGCCGCCGCGACCAUGUCUCUCAACAACAGUGGUAAUAACCCCGGUGCGGGUAUGUUUCCAAGCUAUACCGAUAGCUCCCCCAGUCCCUCCAAUUUGGCUGCGGUCCCUCGCCAGCCCAUCUCCGCUCCCAUCCCUCACACCCCGACUCAAGUCAACGGUGCUGGUAUGGCUGGUAUGAAUGGCGGAGUCCCGACGAAUGCGGGCCACCAGAUGGAUCUCCGUCAUCUUUAUGAUAUGGUGCUUGAGCUGAGUGACGUUUUGAAGAACAACCGUGAGGUGACUAAGAGUAUUGUUUCGAGUGCGGAGGAAAUUAUGAAACGCUCUUCUUCCGACGGAACCAGCCCCAGUAUUCAGCAGGUGAACGGCGAAAUUAGCAGCGCUCGUAUUGCUGAACUUGAACGCGCGCUGGCCAAGGAAAGACGCCUGGUCGAAACCCUAAAGAAUGAACAGGUUGAAAAUACCAGAUUGAUCGGUGACUAUGAGGCAGCCGUCGGAAUUAUGGUGGAACAAAUCCGCAACUAUUGCCACAACAAUAACAUGCACUACCUGUCUCAGAAACGCCAUUACAACAACCUCCUCCAGGCAGAACGCGACGCUCAUCUGGAAAGCCGUCUGGACCGUGACCACUGGCAUGCCCAGACCCUGAAGUGCGCUGAGAUGAUUCGAACUGCUUACCGUCUUCGCUGCGAGGAAGACGAGCUCCCCAUUCGUAUUGUUGCCGGUCUUCAGAACGAGGUUCGCGCCUACCGCAAUGCGCUUGGCAUGGAACCAGAGAAGCUCGAGGAAGAGUACGGCUGGGAAAUCCUGAAGCAUGUUCCAGGAGGCUCUGAAUGACGAAAUGAGCUGGAGAUUUGGUAUGAGCUAAUGAUGGUUUGUGUAGUCGAUUUUUGUUCUGUGGGUCAGGCGUUUUGGGUAGAUAGUAGCACUUUGAGCGACGACGGAUUUUUCCUGGUGAAGGAUAUACCCAUCUUUGCAUAAAAUUCUGUAUUCUACAGUAUCUGCAUUUACCUGCAGGGAGACAUAAUAAUAUUGACAGGAGUUCGAGGACUCCAGGUAUGCUGGUCAUCUAGGAGACUCGAAGCUGCCUGAUUCAGCGUUACUUGUGCUCGAUUAAUCCGAACUUGAAUACUUUUACGCCUAGCGGCAGUAAAUACCCUUCUUUCCUCUUCUUUUACAUGGUCAGUACCCUACUUGGGAGACAUCAAUCAGUAUAAAACACCUCAUCAAGGGCCUUCCACCACCCCGGUCCUUCUGCACUCCCCACAGCUCCAGAAACAGGACUCUCCUACCGAGUAAUCAGCACACACUCACACACUCACACAC